AUGGGGACGCACGGAUGGCCGCUGCUGCCUCUGCUGCUGUCGCUGCUGCUGUGUCGAGCGGGCCCGCUGAGGCCUGGUGCAGCCGGCCUGGGGGCGCCGGCGGGGGGCGGCCGAGCUCACUCUCCUCCUCCCCCAGGACCGCAGCAGGAGGGGGCGUCAGGUCCCAUGGACACCAAGCUGCUCACCAGCCCCUGCGGCCACCAGGAAGUGCGGCCCCUGAUACUGGGCGGAUGGGAGUCGGUGCCUGGGCGCUGGCCCUGGCAGGCCCUGGUGAUGGCGAAGAAUGGCCUGUUCUGUGGAGGGAGCCUCCUUAGUAGGCACUGGGUGCUUUCAGCUGCCCACUGCUUUGAAAAGGUCCCUGAGGUCUCCAAGUGGACCGUCCAGCUUGGGGAGCUGUCUCUCAAGUCACCGAGUUGGAGCUGGAGAGCCCACUCCCACAAGUAUAGGGUGAAGAAAAUCAUUGUGAACCCCAAAGCCAGGGGGGUGUUAAACGACAUCGCACUGGUGCGGCUGGCAUCCUCUGUCACCUACAACAAGCACAUCCAGCCCAUCUGCAUCCUGUCUUCCACCGCCAUGUUCCAGCACCGGCCUGACUGCUGGGUGACCGGCUGGGGCUGGAUCCAAGAGAACCAGAAACUCCUACCACCCUACCACCUCCAAGAAGUGCGGGUCACCAUCCUGAACAACUCCAGGUGUAACGAACUGUUCUCCAUGCCCAUCGGACGCAGUUUAAUUAGUAAUGACAUGAUCUGCGCAGGCGCGGAGGACGGCAGCGUGGACACAUGCAAUGGUGACUCAGGAGGACCCUUGGUCUGCGAAGAGAAAGGGCGGUGGUAUCAGGUCGGAGUGGUGAGCUGGGGCAUGGGCUGCGGUCAUGCCAGGAGGCCUGGUGUCUACACCAACGUCAGCUCCUUCUUCCCCUGGAUCCAGUUGUUGAUGUCCUGCACGGCCCCCCGGCCAGGCCUUUUCCUGCCCUUGGUUUUCCUUGCUCUGCCCUGGGUUUCCUGGCUCCUGUGUCCCAGCUGA